AUGUCUGUGAGGGUAAGUGCGCGAGGACACAGAAUGAAGAGAUUCUUUGGUGCAUCUAAAGCAGCGCCCGCUCCAACAUUGGACGAGGCAACUAAAAGGUUGGACAUGAAUAUAGGAGGCUUGGAUGAAAAGAUCAAUAAGUUGGACCAGGAAUUAGCUGUAUAUAGGAAACAAUUAAAGACUACUAGACCAGGACCAGCACAGAAUAAUAUAAAGACAAAGGCAUUACGUGUGAUGAAACAGAAGAAGAUGUAUGAAGCACAGAGGAAUCAAUUGUCACAGCAGAGCUUCAAUAUGGAGCAGACAAAGUUCACCACGCAAUCCAUGCAGGACACGAUCAUCACGGUGUCGGCCAUGAAGCAGGGCGCCAAGGAGAUGAAGAAGCAGUUCAAGCAGAUCGACGUCGAUGACAUCGACAGUCUGCAGGACGAGAUGCAGGAUCUCCUGGACUUCAACAACGAGAUCCAGUCUUCGCUCAGUCGCGCCUACGAGACACCCGAGUCCCUAGACGAGUCCGAGUUGGAGGCGGAGCUCAUGUCGAUGGAUGAGGAGCUGGAGCUGGAGGACACGCCAUCCUACCUUUCGUUGCCAUCCGCGUCCACAGCCAUCCCCAGCUCCGAUGAGUACGGACUGCCAGAGGCUUCAUCCAUUGUAAAUUAG